CGAGGGUUACAAAGUCCACAAGACUGGGAACACUAACAACAAACACUCACGUCUCCUGCGUUGUGUGCGUUUUCCGAUGACCUCAUCAACAAUAACGCCCCUUCAGCACGGAUUCGUGCUCUGAUUGGGUGCAAUCUCAUUCGUCUUCACUGUGAUUGGUCAAAACUGAAAUCCCGCCUCACUGUUUUGUGACUGGCAGUUUUAUGCUAGGUCAGAGAUGGAGUAAAUUGUUCAGGAUCAACAAAGUUUUGACGGGGAUAUCGUCAGCUCUAGGGAUGGACAAGCAAUCGUUUUUUAUGGAGCAUAGAGGUGCCUGGAUCUAUGGUCUCCAACAUUGUUGAGCUCACACACAUGAUAGCUGCAUGCUUAGUGCUGGAAGGCUGUACAGUGUUCCAGGAUGCCGGAGAUAGUACAGAAUCAAACAAAUAACCCAAAACCGCCACGGCGGAAGAAAAACAAAGAGAUCCAUAAUGCAGUGGAAAGACAUCGUAAAGAGAAAAUCAAUGCUGGUAUAAAUCGUAUUGGAGAGCUUUUGCCUUGCUCUCAGGCCUUGAAACAGAGUAAAAAUAUGAUUCUGGGAGAGGCUUUUCGUUACAUCACUGAUCUAAAGCGACAAAAUGAUGAAAUGCUGCUUAAUGGAGGAGACAAAGUCCAAGCGGAGGAGAUAAAGCGCUUACGGCACCAGCUGGAGGACCUACGCAAGGAAAGCGCUCAUUAUAUUGAUCUCCUUAAAGCUAAUGGCAUCAAUUUCCUCGAUGACCCCACCAUUCACUGGAAAGGGAAGCAGCGCUGUGCAAAAGUAGCCAAAGUCACUCCGACGCACUUAAUGUCAAAGGGAAUAAUCGUCUACUCCAAUGGCAACAACUCCUGUCCCAUAAGCAAAAUCUCCAUUCCACAAAAUCCAGUUUCUCAUCUUGAUAAACAGCCGGCAAAUGCUGUAACAGUCCAACCAUCAUGUGAUAUUACAUUAGGCACGGGCCAGACUGUUGGUAUUAUGAAUGGAGCACCAGUCAACAAAGUUGUAGUCUCCUCUGCAUCUUCCCAUAUACCUGUAGCAACUCUUAUUCCUGCUGUAUCCAAGUCAUGUCUUACCGUUGUGGAACAGUAUUCUCCUUUGGCACCUACUACUCCAUUAAACCCUCCAAUGAAUUAUAUUACUGUUCAAGGUUUAUGUCCCCAGCCUGCUGUCAGCACCCCACUCCCUCCACAACUUCAACCAGAUAACCCAACCCCCAGUCUCACUUCUACUACCUGUCCAGCCACGCCUCUCAGACUUCAGCAUAUGCUUAACCUAUCUUCUCUGCCUCAAGUUGUGAUCAGUAACUCUGUGGUUCCUGUUGCUGCAGCCCCCACUAUGCUCUCACAGAACUCUGAAAUCCAGUCUGUUAGCACUAUAUUACCAGCAAGCUCUACCCUUCUUAGAACCAGUCCAACUAGUAGCACACAGACUACAUGGACAACACUACAACUUGCAGGAAAUACAGUGCAACCUGUCUCCCAGGCACUCAUCACAGAUGGUGCCUGCAUUUCACAUAACCCUCAGCAACUUUCUGUGUGUUCAGUGGGGACAAAACACAUUGAGGAGCCACCUUCUAUCCAUUUGCAACCACAUGCUCCUGUUCAACUGCAAGCCCCAACAACAUCAUGCAUUCCAGUUCAGCCGUCGGGGCCAAGACCUCCUCAGAUAUAUUCAGCAGUUGUGCCAUGCCCUCAGACAGCCAUAGCACAACAGUCUUCAGUUUUAUCUGUGCCAGCCAUUGUAUCUCAAGCCGUAGUGGUCCAUCAACCAUCUGUUGAAACACAGACAGCACAGUUGACCCAUCCACAAUCAUCUGUUCGGGCGCAACCUGCAUUAUUACCAAAACCUCAACUCGGCUCCACUCUAAUGACCACCUGCAACCCCACCCUACAACCUAAAACUGCAGUUCAGCCUGCUCUGCCAUGCCAGCCUCAUUCCCAACCUACAGUGGUGCCCCAAGCCCAGUCUGCCGUUGUGCCUCAACUGCAUCUCAGUGUGGUGCCUCAAGCUCAGCCAAUCAUAAAUCCACCAAUUCAGCCUGCCCUUGUGCCUCAACCACAAGCUGCCACACUGCCAGUGUUACAGACGAUGCAGUUAUUGCAGGUGAAUUCUGAUGAAACACCAGUUGCUGUGACCUCCUCUCCUCCAAGUAACUCACAUGUUGUUAUUCUGCAACAGGGAAGCUCAUGUUCAGCACCACAGGUUCUCAGAGAAGAUGUCAAUAGUCAGACACCCUGCCAGCACAUUGUCAUAAUUCAGGCACCUACUUUGACACCUGCACCACAGAGUCAUCACACUGCCAUUGUGUCAGCUGCAACCCCAACUUUAUCCAGUCAAACGACCACUUCGAACCCUACCUGUACAGCUAGCAUGCAGGCUGCUGGGACAAAGCAGUUGGUACAUAUUCUUCCACGUCCCUCAACCCAAUUGCAAACACAAGCACCUCAGACUAUCACUGUGAAUGGACAAGUGUAUGUUUUGCAGCCUGCAAAGUCACCAGAUAAGGGAGACUCUCAGUCUGGACAAAGUGUAACUCAGAUCCUUCAGCCCACCUGUGAGGAACCCACCGCCAAUGUUGCCAUGAAUUGUUUAGGUGCUCUAACUAGUCUUAGUCAGAGCAUUUCAAAGGUCUCAAGUCAAAGCAAUGUGCAGAUAUACACCAUUAAUCCACCUUCACUCAGUACUGUGCAGCCUCUUCCAACGUGUGGUUCAGAAGUCAGCACUCCUACUGAAACUGUUCUUUCCUCCUCUGUUCCUGUACCAUCAACUGCUGCUGGCAGUGCAGUUAAAAUUCUCCCAAAGAAAAGUUGUGGGACCUCUGGAAAUCAAACCAGACAAAACUCAGUCAGAAGAACCAGACUGGUUAAACGAAAGGAACCUAAACCUGGGCGAAGUUUGCGUAGAAUUGCUGUCAAGAGUAAGGCUUUUGUUGCAGAUGAUACUUGUUCUGAGUUAUCCACUGCAGCAACCUGUAUUAAUUCUGUAAAUUCUUUAAAUAAAGAUGCGGUUAGUCAUGAUGUUAAUAUGCAGAAGACACCUGCCUCCAAUAGUGUUAUUUCCACAUGCACUAGUCCUGCAAUCAUUAGUGUCAGUUCCUCCAGUGAAAAAUCAGCAGACAGUUCUGUCACGGCUUCAGUGAGUGGAUCCAUUGUCAAGUCCACAUUGACUGGUGGAGAAAUUUCAAAGACUAAAGCAAAAUCUAUGGAUGAUGUCAGCAUGCAUAACAAUGUAACGGUUAGCAGUGUCAGUUCAGUAAGUUCCACUCAGGGUAACGUGGCUGUUUCUACAAAUUGUGGCAGGUUGAGUAAAGAAAUCUUUACUCCAGAUAUUGGUCCCCAGCUUAACUGUUCAGUGGUUAGUGCUGAUCUCUCAUCACAGUGUAGCUCUGUGGAUACUGUUGUAACUUUGUCAGCUGCAUCAUCAGAAGUUCAUGUUAACUCUUCAUGCAGUGUGACAUUUUGUAGUGAAACUACUGGUCAGAAUAAGGCGAGUAGCAAUAAUGUUUGCACCAGUAACGAAGGCAGAUUAACAGAAUCAAGACCCAAUUUUACAGGGAGUUCCACUCCGCUGACCACUGUAACCUCGAUCCAAAACAAUUCAAAAGUUAAAUCUGUUAAUUCGCCCCCAGUACCAAGUCAUAUAUCCACACCAAGUCAACCGUUGGGCAUCAGUGCUAAUUCAGCAGAGAGUGGGCCAACGGUUUCCAUCAUGCCAAGUCAGGCCAUUUCACAAACACAAGAUAAGUUUUCUCGAAGAGAAGAGUUAACCAACUCUCCUCAAAUUCAGGCUUCAUUUAGUGUGCCCUCAACGUCAAGUUCUGGCUCAGACAACUCAAUGUCAACUCAACCCAUUCAGCUUUCAGAAACUUCCAGGAUUUCAGACCCAUUCAAGUCCCUGAAACGACCAUCCUCAAUUAAUUUGUCGAUGACAACCAGUAACCAAGGGAAUUGUACAGACUUCAAGCUGCCUGAAUCAAAUAUGAACGCACAACCUGGCAAGGAUGGACAAUCUGAUGGUGCCACAGAAAAGGGUGUGACAGGAGUAGGUGCUUUUGCUCAGAAAGAAACAGUUCCUCCACAACAAGUAUGUACAUUGGAAAAUGAUUCUUUUGAGCCUCCACUGGGAGCUAAUAGACAGACUGAUUCACCUCUGGCUGGAGGUUCAGGCGGGAGAGGGUUUUCUGUUGCAUCAUUGCUUCCAGCAGGCCAUGCCUCUUCAAGUACAUUUGGUGCAUUCACCUUCACUUCUGAACAGGCAGAAUUAUUAGCAAUGGCUGCAAGAGCCAUAUUUGAACAGGACAGCCCAGGCAAGAGGGCUGCUGGAUGCAGUGUUGACAACCCAACAAGUACUGCUGCCACAGGGUGGGACCUUCCAAAAAUGCAUCCAGCUCCUUCUAAGGAGAGUGUGACUGACCAGCUGGUGAAACUGACAAAGCAGGCUGAUUUACCCAUGUCAAAGCCUUCAUCUCAGGUCUCUACUCGAGUUCCUCCAGGUGAGCCUUUAGCUAGUAGCACUACUGGCAUCAGACUUCCACAGAGCAUAGCUUACUCGCAGUCUCAGCCUAGCUCUGUCACCAGCCUUAAUGUUAAUAACCUCAUCAGACCAAGCUCCAACCAACCUUAUCCAGGAUCGCCCAAUCUUGCACAGCAGGUCUCAGCUCCCUCGUCAGGAGUUGGUGCCGUUAUGGUGUCUCAGUCUUCCUCACAAAAUCCCCCAACCUGUUCUGGCCCUGCUCAGCCUAAUGAAUAUGCACCUUUAAAGAAUGUUCUGAUGCGAACACAUAUAGGUGUUGGAAUGGUUGAACGUCAUCAGAAGGAUAUGCCAAAAAGGUCUGCCCAAGAUGACCUUAUUCUUCCAAAUAAGCGUUCAAAACAGUGCCCAGCAGGGAAUGUUAAUGUUAAUCAGAUGCCCUCAAGUACUUCUGCAGUUAUGCCUAGGAAUCACUCUGAUGGUGUUGGGGCUCUGUUUUCUGGUAAUACUUUCAUGAGCACUGUGCUCCGCCCUACAGAAGGACCCUGCUCUACUCAGGUGCCAACACAUGAACAAAGUCAGCCAAGUGUGGUGCACCUGCAGCAAGGACACAUACAACAUAAUGCUCCACAGUCUGGGCAGAACUUAGGUGGAAACCCCUACCUCAAACAUCAUCAACAGCAAGAACAAAGACACCUUUACCAGCUUCAGCAUCAUCUAACACAAACAGAAUCUCAGAUCCACAGCAUUCAUCAGAGGAACCUGCUGCAAGACCAGCAUGUGCAAAAAAAGAGAGUGGUGCGUGGUGGGCAGACAGGACCAAAUGUUGGUUUGCAGAAGCAACAUCAUUUGGAAAAGAGUGGCGUGCAGCAUCAGCAACAGCAGCCUCCUCAGCAACACCAACAGCAACAGCAGCAUCCACAACAAUCCCAGCAGCAUCAACAACAACAACAACAACAACAACAGCACCAUCAGCAGCAGCAGUCACAGCAACAGCAGCAAAAAGCACAACAGAUUCAACAGCAACAACAAUCACACCAACAACAGCAGCAGAUGCCACCGCAGAAUUCACAUUCACGUCAUCAGCAUCUUCAGCAGCAGAUUCAGCAGCAGCACUUUGGGGCUAGACAGGACAAAAAUUGUGAGGCUCAACAGGCAGGUCAGAGGGCACAUCAAAACAAUCAUUUGGGUCAGCAGGAGCGUCCACCUGGACAGGAUCAUGGGGCUAUGCAAAGACUAAUGGGGUCUCGUUCAAUGGAGCAGCAGUUGACCUCUCAGGCUAGCAAUUCUGUUUCUCGUUCCUCAGAUCUUGCUUGCACUUCAUCACGUCAGGAGCGCCACCGUCUAUCUAGUUACUCAGCAGAGGCUCUGAUAGGGAAGACUCCUGCUAAUGGUGAACAACGUAUGGGUGUGCACUUACAAGCACCUCGAAACAACGCACAGGACCAGUCAGAAUUACGAGGCUAUGUAGACUCGUCACGUGGUAAAGGUAACAUUGCUCAUAAUUCUCAAAGCAGGCUACCACCUGACCAUGCUAAUACCACAGACAACCAAAGAAUACCAGAUUGUGGACCUUUCAAGUCUUUGGUUAGUGGGCAUCAGCUAAGUAACUUUGAAGUGCAAGUGUCUCGAAGUGGUGAUAUGUCCAGUAAGUCUGUACCUCAAAUCCAGAGAGGUCCUCAGCAGCAAACAGGAUUCAGAAUGGGUGCAGGGCCUACAGGAGAUGUGCGUUCACGUGGUACAUAUUCAGGUCCGCAUCCUGUUGCUCAAGGCGUGCACAUUGGAGCAGGAUUGACAAGAGAACAAGAGGGAUGUCACCAGAGCUUUAUGCAAAGUCUUUUGGCACCUCAUAUUCCUGAACAAAAUGGGCACCAAAGGACAGCCCAGGGCUGUACCCCAGUGAGUAUAGAAUACAACUGUGUUCCUGGGACCUCUGCUGGAGAGCUUCAGGCUAAAUCUUCAAGUCCUAACUUGCAUCCUGCACAGAAAGCUGCUCCCAUACGUCUAGGGGACAACAACAAAGGCCAUAUUUCUCAGGUCAGUGCAAAUUUGCAUUGUCCACCUGUGAGAACAGGUCCACCUCAUCCCCCAACACCACACAGUAGUUCAGACACAGGACGGACUCAAGGCUCAACCAGGUCACUCUCUGUUAGUCAGCGCCCCCAUCAUAUUGGACCAGAUCCACAAACCACAAAGAUUCGUCCAGGAGAUCGACCACGGUCAGGCAACUUGAGACCUGGAAAUCCCUUUGAGCCAGAAAGCUCUUUGCCUCUUCCAUCAGGUGGAGGAGUGAUCCUUGGCCGUACACAAACAGGAAGUGAAGCUAGACGAAGUAGCAUUGUGCGUUUCAUGGCAGAUGGUGCACAAGUCAGCAGUGACAACAAUUUGGUGUCUGAUCGCUGUGCUGUGUCCGAUCUCACCCAGAACUUUGGCUUUCCUUUUAUUGCUGAAGGAGGAAUGAACCCACCACCUCCCAUUAAUGCCAAUGCGUCAUUCAUCCCACCAGUCACACAGCCCAAUGCCUCUCGUACACCAGCCCUCCUUCCUGUGGAACCUCAGAACACUCUGCCUUCAUUUUACCCCUCAUAUUCCCCUGCAGCUCAUCCUAGCCUUCCAAGUGAUAUUCCUUUACAGUAUUUCUCUAACCAGAUGUUUACAAGUCCAAGCACUGACAAGAGUGGCAGUGCACCACUGAACAAUCGCUUUGGUUCUAUUCUUUCCCCGCCUCGACCUGUGGGCUUUGCACAGGCCAGCUUCCCGCUUCUCACAGAUAUGCCAAUGCCAAUUGCAAACUCUUCGGGCAUCACACCUCAUUUAUCCAACUUCAACCUGACCACUUUGUUCCCUGAAAUUGCCACAGCAAUGCCUCCAGAUGGCUCCUCUAUGCCAAUGUCACCUUUAUUAUCUCUUGCCAACACUACUUCCUCAGACUCAAAUAAACAGUCUAAUCGCCCAGCCCACAACAUCAGUCAUAUCCUGGGACAUGAUGGAACCUCUGCUGUUUAAGAUUACAAAAUUAACAAACACUUUUGAGUAUUUCUAAGACUUUGAUUGCCCUCAACUAUGCGUAGAUUUUGUAAGGGAUGGCCAUGGUGUGAAGGCUUUUAAUUCCUCAAAGAAUAAUAAAGCGUGGAAUGUUCUCAGGUCCCAAAUCAGGAUCACUCUGGAACUAUGAGAGGAAAGUAAAAUAUUGCAUUAUGUCUGUUAGCCUUUAGUAGGUUUCCUUUGCUUGGGUUUUUUGUUGAUAGUUUGGGCUGUCAUGGUUCUACAUGAUGUAUAGCUUGUCUUUAUUUUUCUUUAGAACAGCUCCAGUUGUUUAAUAGAAAAAAUAAUAAUGUGUAAGUUCUUUUACUCUGUAGCAACAAUAAUAAAAUGUUACAGCAAAAAAGGUUAUAAUUUUGAAUUUAAUGCUGCAGUAGAUAUAUCUGAGUUGUUUUGUAAAGUAUCAGUUGUUUUUAAAAUGUUUAUAAAUAUUUUUCCUUCUUUAAAAUUCUCCUGCAGAAUAUCAUUCCAGAAUAACUUUCGCUUAUUUAUGAAAAUGGAUGUGUGGUCUGUAGAUAUUUGUAAAAAAUAAAAAGUUAUUAAAGUUUCUAUCUAAUCUAA